AUGGCACGGCUUCAAGAGGUCCUGUCCAGCCCGCGCCGGCUCCUCAAGGCAUUCGCCCUGGGGACUGCUGCGCUCGCCGGCAAUGGCACAAUCACCAUGGGCGUCUUGGCUGACGUCCCAGCAGACCUCGGCCCCGGAGGUACAGCGCCAGUCCGGCCCUUCCGCCUGGACCAGGUCAAGCUUGGGAACGGCCUCAUGCAGGAGAAGCGCGACCGCAUCAAGGGGUUCCUCGAGUCAUAUGACGAGCGCAAGUUCAUGGUCCUGUUCAACAACCAAGCUGGCCGCCCCAACCCAGGCGAUGUAUCCCCUCCGGGGGGUUGGGAGGAUGGUGGUCUGCUCAGUGGGCAUUGGACGGGCCACUACAUGACUGCUCUCUCCCAGGCGUACGCCGAGCAUGGCGAGGAGCUAUACAAGACGAAGCUCGACUGGCUGGUGGACGAGCUGGCGUCUUGCCAGAGCGCCAUCACUGCCCGGCUCAACGGCACUGCCGGCUCAGGUCCCGACGCACAAUGGAUUCCUACCUAUGCCGGCUACCUGGGUGCGCUCCCGGAAGAUACUGUGCUGAGGCUUGGUCCACCGCGCUGGGCUGUAUAUGGAGGCAACCUCAGCACAAACACCUGGGCGCCAUGGUACACCCAGCACAAGAUCAUGCGCGGCUUGUUGGACGCAUACUACAACACCAACAACACCCAGGCCCUCCGGGUUGUCGAGAAGAUGGCCGACUGGGCCUAUCUUGCGCUGACCAUUGGCGACAAGAACCACCCCGACUACAAGGGGAACCUGACCAGAGACGACCUGAACUACAUGUGGGAUCUGUACAUCGGCGGCGAGUUUGGUGGCGCCAACGAGGUCUUCCCCGAGAUCUACCAGAUCACCGGCGACGAGCGCCACCUGCAGACCGCCAAGGCCUUCGACAACCGGGAGUCGCUGUUCGGCGCCGCCGUGGAGGACCGCGACAUCCUGGUUGUGCCAGCCGACCAGAUCCCGGGCCGGCGCCGGAAGCAGCGCCUGCACGCCAACACCCACGUCCCACAGUUCAUCGGCUAUCUCAGGGUCUUCGAGCAGGGCGGCGGCGAUGAGUACUUCGCGGCGGCCAAGAACUUCUACGGCUGGGUAGAGCCCCACCGCGGGUUCGCCAGCGGGGGGACAUCCGGGAGCUACCCGGGCUCCGACACCAACGCGGAGCUGUUCCAGAACCGCGACAACAUCGCCAAUGCCAUCGCCUCGGACGGCGCCGAGACGUGCACGACGUACAACCUGCUCAAGCUGGCGCGGAACCUGUUCCUCCACGAGCACAACGCGACCUACAUGGACAACUACGAGCGCGGGCUGUUCAACAUGAUCGCCGGGUCCCGCGGCGACACCGACAGCGGCGACGACCCCCUCCUCACGUACUUCCAGCCGCUCAGCCCCGGCACGCCGCGCGACUUUGGCAACACGGGCACCUGCUGCGGUGGCUCGGGCAUGGAGAGCCACACCAAGUACCAGGAGACGGUCUACCUGCGCUCGGCCGACGGGUCCGCCCUCUGGGUCAACCUGUUUAUCCCGUCCACGCUGGCCUGGGAGGAGAGGGGGUUCACCGUCAAGCAGGAGACGGCCUUCCCGCGCGAGGGGGCCACCAGGCUGACCGUCGACGGGCAGGGCCCGCUGGACAUCAAGCUGCGCGUGCCCGCGUGGGUCCGCAAGGGCUUCCGGGUCACCGUCAACGGCGAGGCCGCCCCCGCCGCCGCAGGGGCCCAGCCGGGCACGUACCUCACCCUCAGCCGCACCUGGGCCCCCGGCGACGUGGUCGAGGUCAGCAUGCCCUUCACCAUCCGCGCCGAGCGCGCCCUCGACCGCCCGGACACCCAGGCCCUCAUGUGGGGGCCCGUCCUCCUGCAGGCCCUCGGCACCCCGAGCAGCAACGACACCUUCUGGCAGCUGUCGCUGUACCGGGGCCUCCGGCUCGACGGCGACUACGCCCGCGCGGCGGUCGUGCAGACGGCCGCCAACGCCGCCGGCGACCCGCUCUUCACCACCACCCGGGCCGCGGGCGCGGGCGGUGGCAACGUGACCGUGCGCCCUUACUACAUCAGCGACGCGCAGCCCGUGUCGUCGUACUUCCGCCGCGUGGAGCCCGAGGUGGUCUUUGGGUCCGUGGACACCGGGGUCGCGAACCGCAAGCGCGACGACGGGCUGCCGCGGUACGACGUGCCUGUCUCGGGGGUCGCGUCGCCCGGGACGGACGGGCCUACCUUCCUGGAUGUCGUGUGGGACGCGGCGCCGUUUGCGUCGCAUGCUGAGUUUGUGGGUGUCGUUGGGUCUGUUGCGGAUGCGUUUGUGAGCGCGGGGGUUUACUCGGCGGCGGAGAGGGAUGUUAUUGUUGCUAAGGCUGGGGAGGCGGAGGCGGCGUUGGCUGUUUAG